AUGGAUUCUUCUCAUUCAACAAACUCACCCAUCACCGCCAUCCACCCAGACAUAAUUCAAUCUCACAUUCUCUCCCGACUCGACGGCACAUCUCUCACUUCCGCCGCCUCCACCGCCUCUCACCUCAACCGUCUCUGCACCGAACACCGCCUCUGGCAAAAAAUCUCCACUGCCAUGUGGCCUUCUCUCAAUGAUCCUCUCGCCACGUCACUCAUCUCCACCUUCCCAUCAUCUCACCGUUCAGUUUUCUCCGAUUCCUUCCCCUCCGUCGAUUACUCCUCUUCCUGUACUUCUCCAUCAAUCUCAACAACAUCACCGACGAGAGAAUUAAUCUCCGCUGUCGAUUUAUACUACAAGGGCAAACCCGUCUUUUCAAAAAUCCUCCGCACGGAAACUCUUAAUGGAUGGUUCUUAUGUUCACCUCUAUGGAUUGAAAUUCUCGACCCAAACGAAGUUAUUCAGACAAAUAUAAAAUUCGAGCAAAACGACGUCGUAGAGUGGCUUGAACAAAAUCUAACAUUAAGCUGGAUUAUGAUUGAACCGACACGUAAGCGAUCUUUGAACCUAUCUAGCCGGUUACCGGUUACCGUGAGACGUCACUGGCUGACGGGGGAGUUUGAGGUUUUAUACGCUGUGGUAAUGGGAUUAGUGCAAUGCACGAUAAAGGUCACGUGCUGUGGGAAAGCUGGGGGAGAGAUGCACGUGAGGGAGGUGAGUUUUAGUAUGGAGGAUAUGGAUGGAAGACACGUGGUUGGGAGGGAUAGUUUGGUAAUUUUGCAAGGGGCGAUGGAGAACGGUGAGAGGAAGAAGAUGGAUGUUGAGAAAACGAAGGAAAGGUUUGAGGGAUUCUGUUUGAUGAAGAGAGAGAGGAGAGAGAGAAAGUUGAGGAGAGAGAAAGCGAUGGAUAUGUUUAUUAUGUUGGUCGCUAUCGUUAUUUUUGGUUUUCUUUUUCGGUUUGUGAGGUUUUGGGUUUGA